AAAUUAGAAGUAUGUAACUUUUAAUCUUUUUAGAAGAAUGUAUUAAAUAAUAAUGUUUAUAAAUUAAUUUCCAUUUUCUGAUUAAAAUAAAUUAAAAUCCACAAUUCGCGUAAUUGAAUUUAAGACGCCGCCGAGAGGGUAAUCACUCAGAAAAAAGAUGUAUACUGGACUACAGACUUCAAUGGACUUCAUUGGACUUUCGUCGGAAUUCAGUAGAAGUCGUUACAAUUGCUGAGGAUUCAUCAAAUUAUACCGGACUUCAUCAGACUAACGCCACACUUCAUCAAACUUUGAGGAAUUCAACGGACUUCUAACAGGUUACACGUUGGAAUUCAAGAGUGGUUACCCCGUCGGACGCCGCUUUUAAUCAAUGUACAAUUAAAUACAGUUUUAGUGUUAAGUGUUACAAAAAUGGCAAUUAAAUAUAAAGAGAUAUGAAAAAACAUUACAGUGAGGUGGAAAGGAGGGUGGGAAGGGGAGAAAGAGAGAGAGAGAGCAGGCACACCAAAAUUUUUUUGAUAAAUCUUAAAAAUCAAAAUGCAAAUGUAUUGCAAGAGAUUUUAAAAGCUUUAAUUGAUAGUUUUAACGUUCCCAAUGGUACAAAACUGUCUUUAUUUAAUUGGUUGCCGUGUUACUCACAAGUAUUGAUACUUUGGGGACGUUCAAUAUAUCAACAGUUUCGGAUUUCAUGCAGCGUUUGAUUGUUACAGUGCUGUAACAAAGAGAUUUAGUUGAAAUAAACCCAUUAGCUCGUUCUGAUCGAGAUAAAAAUACUGCAAGUGUUGGGAUUUUCCGUAAUUUUCCGGUCUGGCCAAUUUAGUACGUCAAGUAAUCUCUAUUAAAAUAAUAAUUAUUAUUAUUUUGCAUAUUGUACAUUUAAUUUUAAAUCGAUACUUCGGAGGCGUUCGGCGUAUCAACGGCAUAAAAUUUCACGAACUGUUUGAUAAUCUAGUACUAAUGAGAGAAUAGAAUUAGUCGAAUCGGAGUCAUUGGUUCGUAACGAUCAAAAUGAGAAUACUAAAUGUGUUCGGAUUUUUCGGUAUACUUUGCAUCAAUCAAUUUUACGCUCUCAGGAUUAUACCUGAAGAUUUGGAUAUAGUGGUUCGAAAAUGUAAGAAUUUAGAGAAUUUGUCGCCAAUAAUGCGCCUUAAAAAACAUCUCUUCUGUGAUUAUGAUUUUACUAUUUGUCCAAAUUAUCCUAAAAUGCCCAAUGUAUCUUUGUACUUGAUGCCGAAGCUCAUAGAUUUUCAAGAACACAAUGCUAAAUUGUUGCUGCUUAGCUGGAUAACACUUGUUUGGAAGGACCCUCGACUUACUUGGACAUCGAGCGAUUAUGACGAGAUUACUUUUGUUCAGAUAAGUAACUGGCCAAUUUGGAUGCCCGUUUUAGCUAUCAAUAAUUACACCGAUAUAUCGAGUGCUAGAUAUAUGCUAUCUAUGAGUACCGCAAAAUGCGUUCUCUUUAAUUCAGGCCAAAUCUUUUGCUCCUUCGCAAUGAAAUUUGUUUCCAAAUGUAAUACCGAUUUUACCUAUUGGCCCUAUGAUAAACAUGAAUGUAGUAUUACGAUUAGUUCAUGGGCGCAUAGAGGGGAAGAAGUUAAUUGGUUGAUACAUGGAAAUGGGAUUACUAUGAGCGAAUAUAAGAAUGAUAUGAUAUGGGACUUUAAGUUUAUAAAUUUGAUAAGAGAAGUAAAAAAAUACAAGUGCUGUCCGAAGGACACGUUCCCAAGCAUCACUUAUAACUUCUUGUUGACGCACCAUUACUACAAAGCUCACUUAUUUAUUAUCAUACCGGUUAUUGCUUUGUUGUUACUCACUUUAACAGUGCUCUGCCCUAACUUAAACUUGAUUGAACGAAUGACAGUAGCGAGCAUAAAUUUUAUUUGUCAUUUGCAUUGUAUAUACAGUCUGAACUGGUCUAUGCCAUAUAGCGCUAAUGUUCCCAAUAUAAUGUUGUUUUAUCGUGCAUCUUUGGCGUUGGCUACCUUUGCUACACUUCUGAUGGCUUUGUUACGUAAAUUGGAAGAUAUGAGCACAGAUGUACCAAAUUGGAUCUCAUUUACUAUAACAUUUGUUUUGAUCAACAAGGCUGGACGUUUUCUGAUUCUCAACGACAAGUCCAAAAUGGCAAAUAGAAUUACAAUAACUGAAAAAAGCUCGGACAUUUCAAAUUCUGAAAGGAGCAAAGAAUCGUCCUGGAAACAUUUUGCUGCUAUUAUCGACUGGUUAUCUUUUUUCUGCGUGAUUAUCACUUAUGCCAUCAUUUUGAUUGUUCUAGUACCUGCGAGUUAACACCGAUAUUGAUGCGUAAAAACGAAGUUACACCCUCGUUGAUCUGUAAUGCACUAACAUAUCUAAACAAAUCAUAUGUUAUAUUUAAAUUAUUUAAUAUAUUGAGAAAUAAUUAUUAAGCAUCACUCAAAUAAUUUUUAUUAUUUAAUUUUGUACAAUAGGUAAUAAAAUAACAACAAAAUA